GCCCGCCAAUUUUCAGAUUAAAAUAGCAUUACAGCUUUUUAUAUUACCGACUGCGUAUUAGUUGCACAAAACUAUCCCAUAUAUCCCAUUUCUGUGUGGAAUUUGCAACUCUUAAUUAUCCUUCCUCCAUGACCGGAACACGAUGUAUCUACCGCUGCGAAUUCCUUAAAGUAUUACCGCUGAGGUUUUGUUGAAGGCGAGUUCAAGAUGAUUGUCCUUCGUCAAUUUUUCGAUUUUUUUCAGCGCUCUGCAUAACCAGCAUAAGUGUAUCUUCCUCAACCCUCUCUAUCUAGAAAUGUCCUUUUGAGUAGUGAGUCAACUCUACAUACCUACCUACCUACCUACCAAGUUUAUUAGAUAAUAAUAUAUUAUCGAUUUCCCCUCGUAGCUUAUACAAUAAAGUACGGCUAAUCUCGGCCAUGGUUACGAUCUAUAGGUACACACUACACAGUCCGUCGUAUUAAAGUAAAGGUUGAUGAAUAUCUAUAGCUGACACUUGGUCGACAACGUGUGUGCGGCCGCAUGGUAGGGAAACAAAUGCCUGUUGACUCAUGAUUUGUUCAAAACUGAUUAACUGAAAUACAUUCAAAAUCGCGUCGGAAUAAGUUCAUGCAACAGUGUUUUUUGAAUGUAUAUAUCGCUCCGGUGUGGGAGAUCGGUGUAUAGAGAAGUGUUUUCGUUUUUUAAUUUCUAUGUUGGAUGAAGGUCAAACGCAAAAAUAGCUAUUAUAAUAAUAACAGUGACGUUUGUGCUAAAACUCAAAUAGUGUGUAAUUCAUCGGUAUUGGUUGAUUGAAAGUGCAUUUUUUUUCGUGUCGAUAAAAAGUUUCGUAGUGAAUUCCAGUUAAUUUUAGGUAGCACUUUUCAAAUGGAAAAUUGUUGUUGAUAAACAAUUGAAAAAAAUCCACAUCCAUAUAUUAAAUUAAUAUGUAGUUGGAUUAUAAAAGUCGGAAAACCAUUUAUUUUAAAAGACUUCUGUGAUGAUGGGACUAUUAUCAGUAUCUGAACAAGUGGACCACCGGUCUCCCAGAGAAUCUCCCGACAACAGAGGAUAUACGGAAAGGAUACAGUUGGAAGAUAUAAAAUACAUUGACGAAAAUGAAAACAUAAAUAAUCAUGGAGUUGAUGAAAACGAUAACAAACAACAUGAUGUAGUUUUAAAUGGAAAAAUGAUAUUAGAGCCCAAGUUUGUCGACUAUGGCAGCAUACAUCCGACCUCUACAGAUGUCUCCCACCAGGUGCAACAACAUAGCCAUGGAGUACUGAGUCCUCGCACCUCCACCCUUCUACCAAUCGACGACGAGCCUGCCAACACCUCCCACGAAAGCAAAAUGACCCAAGGGGACCUCUAUCAAAGACAACCAUUACUGCCUAACCCGAAUAAAGGAGAUAAAUGGGGACAUAGUGCACAUAGUACUUCGGCAAACGAAUACUACAAUGAAGAUGAAGAUAUCAUACAAAAAUGUAGUGAGAGAAAUGGACAUAUUUCAAUAGAUUUACCACCUCCCGUAAGAGAGGAACCAAGAUUUCCACAAGAAAGAUGUAAAACGCUGCUAGCUGCAAUUAUUAUGUUCUUCAAUUUCGUUUUAACCCUUACUUCACUCAGUUUGGUGCAUGAACGUGUGCCAGACAAAGAGGUUUACGGACCUCUUCCUGAUGUGUUCCUGGACAAUGUACCUGCUUACGACUGGGCUUUAGAUGUAUCAGAAUAUAUUAUUAUAUUUUGUGUAAAUACUAGUAUGUUUGCUAUGGUUUUUCAUAAACAUAGAUUUAUUGUGUUUAGAAGAAUAUUUUUGUUAAUGUCAUUGUUAUACAUGUACCGAGCCAUUACCAUGUAUGUAACCGUAUUGCCUCUAUCAAAUAGAAAUUACCCAUGUUCACCAAAAUCUAAUGAAACCUCGCCACUAAUGAUAGUCAAGAGAGUUGCGAAACUAAUGUCUGGUAUGGGCCUGUCUGUGAACGGUCAACAUGUAUAUUGCGGAGAUUUUAUUUAUAGCGGACAUACAGUUGUUCUAACAUUUACUUAUCUUCUUAUAGCUGAAUAUACUCCAAAGAAAUUGUAUUUAAUACACUGGCUGUACUGGUUAUUAUCAUGUUUAGGGGUGAUUAUGUUGGAACUGUCUCAUGGACACUAUAGCAUAGAUGUGAUUAUUGCCUAUUUUAUUACCACUAGGACUUUUUGGACUUACCACACGUUAGCAAACAACUCAAGUUUAAAGCAACAUUCAUCAAACAAUCUGAUCGGUCGCGAAUGGUGGUUCAGUUUGUUUCUAUAUUUCGAAGGCAACGUGGGCGGACCAUUACCUAGGCAAUUCAAUUGGCCAUUCCCGUGGCCAAGGAGGUGGCACCUUAAAAGUCGAGCUAGUUAGUGACAGUCACUGUGCUUUUGUAAAAAACUCAUUUAAAUUUACUACAUGUGAUAUAUAAAUAAUUGUGUAAUUGCCUUAAUUGACUAAAACAUCUUGCUCUUUAUAUAUACAUUUACAAAGUGUUAAUUUUGCUGGAUGGUGAUUUUUUAAUCUCUCACUGUUUUCGGAGUCUAUCUUGAAUUUUUAUACAUAUAUUUUAUAUUAACUAUUUUUAAACUAACACUUAGAUAUUUAUCAGAAUGUGUAUAUUGGUAGCGUGCUAAGAGUAAAGUAGAUUUUGUCCCAUUCAGUGUCGAAGCUGGUUAGUUGUUUUAUAAUUCAAAUGUACUUUCGUUUUUAAAUGUUUAUGGAAUUGUGAUAUAAGUGCACAUAUAAAUAUUACACGUGUUCUUUUUAAAACAUUUAAAAUGUAAAACGGCGUACGAUUUAAAAUACUAAACGAAUCUCAUUCCGAUAAAUUUACAUAAAUUAUUCUCUACGUAAUAAAUUAUAUUCAAGUAAUAAUGAAUUGAUUUUUAAUUACUUUUAAUAGAUUUAACGCAAUAAAUAAAAUGCAGGUUUCAUCGAAAUAUAUUUCAGAUAUAAAAAUAAUUUUGUAUGAAAUAUUAGAUUUUUCAUUAAGUAUAACAUUUCGUAUUGGCAGAGCCUCCUCAAGUACAUAUUGUUGGUUUUUUGACUUCCAGAGUCUUUAUUUUAGUUUUCAAUCGAAGACAAUAAACAUGAUUAGUGCGAUAUCACGAUUUAGGCAACCAAUAUUACUAUUAGAAAUAUUUACCUCUAUUAAAUUGGUCCUAAUUCAUUUUGUACACAAGACCAAAAAAAAUAGUGUUCACUUAUUUUAUUAUUUUAUAAUAAUAUUUAAAACGCCGAGGUCGUGACCUCUGGGGAAUCUAAACCUUAUUUGUAUUGGUAUUAAUAAAAUAAAUGAAGCCUGGUUCGUUCGAAAUACAUAAAAGUGUAAAUAAUUUAUUAGUUAGUAUUAUUGCGCAUAUGGAGUGUAGAGGUAAGGAGAACUAUCUCUAUUUACAAAAAAUAUCCCUCAAAAUAUAUAAAAUUAAAAUGGCGUUACUGUACCAGAGGGAUGCCGAAAGUUGUGACAGUCAAUAAUUCAGAUCACACAGACAAAUGAAGUAUACAGUUAUAUGGAUAACUUACUCAUAUGUAAAUAAAAGGGUAUAUAUGCUCGAAGGGUAUAGUCUAAAAACUACAUCAUGAAAAGGGACUGAGCUUAUAAUAGUAGAGAAAUUUUGAUAAUAGACAAUAGUGCUUUCGUCGUUUGAUUUACAUAUGGAUGAGCAAUCUAUAUAACUAUUAUAAAUUAUGUAUGAGAAAUAAAAGAAAAAUCAAUACUGAAUCUACGUUGGAUUCUACUUAUCUUACGGUACAUCUAUGUUAAAUUUUGUUUUAUUGUAAUUUACGGUUUUUUAAAUAAACAUAGAUGUAUAGUAAAACGAGUGGAACCCAACAUAAAUUCAGCAUUGAUUCUUCUUGUAUUUCUCAUAUAUAUCAUUAUAAUCUGGCGCCUAACAUGGGGCGUAAACUGUCUUCUCAUGGCUUAUUGUGACACAAUUCUCAAAAAUGUCAAUAUAAUUUAAGUUCCUUUUUGACCGUUCAGAGAUCAUGGAGAGGAGAGUGGAUCGGGCAUGUCUAUAAGGUGAUUUAAAUCGAUAAUAAGAUUAUUGUGACUGAUUCUUUAGUACAAAAUCUUUUUUUUUGUUCCUGUGAAUAUAAUUAAUAUGAAAGAAACUUAUACGGUUGUUACUGAUAAGUAUGAUUCGAUUUUAAGUACUGGUAUGUCACAAUGACAACUGACAUUGCACUCCGAGAGUAAAAGGAAGUGCGUAGCCCCAACUCACCUACUCCAUCCAUAAUUGUGCAUAACACAUGACUGAAUUGACAGAUGGCAGUAAACCUCUGACUAUUUAUUAUAGUACAGUAGAUCUGUGAAAAAAUUGGUGAUAGGUAGAACUAAUUUUCACAAAGACUAAGGUUUUAAUUUUUUAGUUCGUUGUUGGUAUCUUUUUAAAAAAAUAAUAGUCUAGAAAAAUCGUGUGUGGUGUCAAAUUGCAUAAAAUUUUAUACUUAAAAAAAUUAUGAUAUUUGCUUUACAAAACAGGAAUAAAUAACAAAAUGGUGACCGAAAAACUGAAAGCUUAUGCAGUGUUGAAAAUCAUAUUUUUAUUAAUCAAAAUGCCUUUUAUAAUACAAACUCAAAUAUAUUUCAUCAACAUAAGAUAACAUCCAAAUCUAGUAAUCAGUUUUUUCAGUGCACUUCAUUUGUGCAAUCUCUACCAGAACAGUUGCAACAUAUCUCUGUAUAUUACAAACUAUAACGUUGAUACAUACAUCUACCACUACCACAUGGCUCAUUUGUAUACAUUUUGCAGGUGCAGCAGAUCAUGUUUAGUAAUGGCUCUGGUUCAGGGCUCAUUUAACAUGUUAUGGGCUUACAGUUGGUCUCUUUAUUUUAUGUGAAAAAGAUGAUUUGAUAGUAGUGAUUUUUUUUUAAUUAGAGGUUAUAUCGUAGUAGGUUCAGAGUCUCUCUCUUUGGUUUUCCACCAUAUUAAUCCUGUGAUGCCAAUAUCUGUGAGUUCCUUUCUAUUUGCAUUUUCUGUUCCAUUCUAGUAGCGCAAAUACUAUAUUCCUCUCAUUUCCAAAAAUUUUCAAUAUACUGCCUAUAGGGUGAUUCAAAAGCAAAAAUUUUUUUUUUUUGCAAACAGGCUUAAAAGUUUUUUUUUAUCGUAAAAAGAUGUCAGUUACAAGUUGAGCCCUUAAUAUUAAUAUUAAAGUUGUCCGCAUCGUACUUUUCUAUUUCUCAUAAGAAUAACAUGGAAAAAAUUUUUUUUGCACCUUCUGACUUUUAUUGCUGGCCCAUGGUGUAUCAUAGAAAAAAACCAUUACUUAUUCUUGUAGAAAAUUGAACGCUCUUAAGAUUUUUUUUUUGAAUCACCCUAAUACUGCCGAUUAACUUUCAUCAAAUAGUGAGCUUGUGGUAUCACAUCCAGUUAAAGUAAUGUAAAAAGAAUAAAUUUUGCAUCCCUUCUCGCCAAACACAUGUUCCAUCAAUUUAAUAUCACGUUUUUUUAUCAUUGAAUGUAGACGACUGCAAACAAAUUAGGAGAUUUUCAAUUAGUCGGAAUAUUUUUUAUGUAUGUCCAGCUAUGAUUCUUUACUAAGUUGUCUGAUUUCUAUGAUUCUUUUUUGUCAGAAAUGAAUGAUACCUCAGGGGUGGUCUCAAACAUUUGAUUAAGAUCUGAAGAUGGGAUCCAUUAGAAAAUCAAACUCUUCAAUUUUGGAGUCGAUUUAUUAAAAUUACUUUUAUGAUUUUGUGCAUAUCUGAUGCUCUACAUAAUUUUAACAAAUUCAAUUGUCUACACUUUACAUUGCUUAUGCUAUUUAGUUGUAACGCAUUUUCCAGUUAUUUGGCCACGGCAAUUUUUGUAUAAGUAAUGCAUCCCUGUGAAGAUCAACGAUGUUUCCAUAGGUAAUAUGCAAUUUAAACUAGUUGUAUUUUUUAUGGGUGGGCAAAAUAAUCGAUUAGUCAAUUUUUUUUAAUUCGAAUAUUUUAGAUUGUUCAUAGAUAAUUUUUAUAUUCGAUUAAUCGUUGAAUAAUAAUUAAUCUAACGAUUAUUUAAUCGAAUAAUCGAUUUUAAAGGAAGUGCAAAAAAUAUAUUUUCUUUCAAUUUAAUAAAAAAUGUGUUGUGAUCAAUAACUUUCGUUGAAAAUUAUGUUUUUUUUUUUUUUUUUUUUUGAGGAGCUAUUUAUAAAGGAAACUCCAAUCACACUAGCUUGCGUUUAAAAUAAAAUAAUUAAAGUGUAGUUAAUAGCUUCGUUCAUGCAGAGCCGCUUAGAUCCGUGGUUGGGCCUUGGGGCAAAACACUGGCAAGGGCCCGCCCUCCAUAUAUAUAUUAUAACCUAUUUUUUUAAAGCUAUCGGACCCCCCGGUGAUUUUGCCCCUCCUCUCGUCGAGCCUGCGUUUAUGGUAACAAUCUUGAAUUGAUUCAGAACUUCUAAUUCAUACCUUGAGCGCAUGUGCAAUUCAUUACCACUUCUGAAUAUUUUUGGAUUUACCAAUUUUCAAUUAAUCGAAAAUAAUCGAUUAUUUUAAAUAAUCGAUUAUUUAUUUUGAUAAUCUGCCAGCCUUAGUUGCAAUGUCAUCCAAAGUUGACUUCCGAUUCUAACUGACGUGUCAACAUCGAAAUGGUGGCAUCAGAAUCAGGAGUCCAGCGUAAACUUAACCCAUGCAAAAAGAUUGAAAAACAAGAAGAAAAAGUCAUCCAAAGAUCUUGUCAAUGAAGAUUUGUCACUUUUUCUCAAUAACUGAGUUUCUGUAUCAAAUAGAGACGAAGUAAUUAUAGAUAAUUCAUAAUUAUUGAAGUUCUAGUUUAUUUUUUUAGAUCAGGAUUUAGAGCCGGAGAUACUAACAUUCUCUGUGUGAGAAGAUUUUACUCUCUGAGAUUUUUCUAGACGUUUAAUGUUUGUCAUAAUAAAAAAUUCAAAACUCGUCAUUGUGGAAAAUAAUUCCACUCAAAAACUUAUAUCUACUGUACUAUUAAGUAAAGACGGUACAAAUUGUGUUUUAAGAUUAUCUAUGCGGCAAAACAGCAAACAAAGACCAAAAGCAUAUUAAAUGGAGAUUAAACUGGCUUUUGUUGGAGAUAUGUGUGUCAUUAAUUUAACAAAAAUUAAUAUAAACCUAAUUUUACAUAUUUAGAGAUAGAAACUGGCUCCACUCCAAAUGUUUAAAUAUUCGUCAUAUUCUUAGAAACAAAAAAUUAAGUUUGUAGUGUUUUUAACAAUUUUUGUUGAGUUAAGCAACGUUGAGGUAAAAAAAUGCCGAAACACGUAAGUAGAAACCUGAAAACGUAGAUAAUUUGAUGUUUCGAACCCAAAUACACACAUUGUAUUAUUCAGAUUUUCUUAUACAGUAGCAAUAUCGGUUGCCUUAACCGUGACGUCAGAUUGAAGAAAAUAUAGGCAGUAUAAUGUGUAGAAGUUUUUUUCCAGUUUUACUUUCUAUGCUUAGUGUUAGACUCUAUAGUGAGGACAUAAAUUGUGCCCUCCUCUUGACUUCUAAAUGAGGUGAAAUUAGAGAGAUUAUAAUAUUUUUAUUAUAACAAAAUGCACUUUACUUUUAGAGUUACGAUCUUUAAAUUUUCUAAUGGAAAGUAUGGUCAUGUGAUACUUCAUUUGAAAUAUAUUUUCAUUAUCUUUACGUCCAUGCAGUUUUAGGUUCUUAUGUUUUUAUAGAAAUUACAUUAAAUAAAUGAAAUAAGUUACAUUCUUGAUAACUCGUAUUUACUAUUAUUGUUUAUUACUAAGGCUUAAAGACAUUGAAAUUAAAUAAACAUACUAUUUACUAAAAUAAAUAAAUUAAUAUCAAAGGCGAUCUAAAAACCACUUAACGUAUUAAAAAAUGUUCUCCCAUAACUUCUUGGCAAUAAAAUAGCAUAUUAGAAAGUUCUCUUCUAACAUUGUAUAGCAUUUCUAGGCUUAUUGAGGUACGCACUUGUGAAAUUCGAUCCCUUAAAUCGUCUAUGUAAUUUCUGUAAAAAUCUAAAACUGCAGUCUUAAAGAUAAUUAAAAUAUAUUUCAAAUGAGGUAUCAUAUGACCCUACUUCCCGUUAGAAAAUUUAAAGAUAGUAACGCCCUCUCUAUUUUACGUCUACAGUAAAGUGCAUCUCGUUAUAACAAAAAUAUCAUAUUUUUAAUUUCACCUCGUUUUUGUUUCAUGUCUGCAUCUUCUUCCAUUUAGAAGUAAAAGGGGGGGGCACAAUUUACACCUUCGCUGUAUAUUUUCUUCAUUAAUAACGAUUUUGUAGUCACUAAAAUAUGUCUUAACAUGCUGAUAACUGAAUAACUUUUUUUCAAAGUUUUGUAGCAUAACAACAGUUUCCACAAUAUUUUUCUUUAAAAAGAAACGAAAACAACCAAAACAUUGUUCAAGUUAAAGUAGCAAUAUUUUGUUGUCUUGAAACUUAUUGUAUCAUAAAUAAGGAUUGCAUCUAUAUAUCAUCACGUGGUAUAUCUUUAAAAAAUAGUAUUUUGGAGUAGCUUUCUAAUAAAUUUGUGCUCAAAAUUCUGUACCCUGUGGUAUUAAAGUAGUAAAAAUCAAAUUUUAAAUACGAAAAUUAUGUAUCGUAAGUAUUAUUCUCUACAGUUAUCAUAUUUCACAUUUUUUGAGCAAUUCUCUAAAUUUGCGUGAAAAUUAGAACUAAACAAAGGGGUCCAAAAAAUCGGAAUAUAUGUUUACAUUCAUCAUUCAUCUUCAAAGUACUCUCCAUUUGAUGCAAUAUACUUACUGAAAUGGUUUUUUCACUACUCCAAACAGUUUAGAGCUUCCGCCGGUUUUUCACCUCUUCCACAUCUACAUUACCCUAUAAGGACUUUUUCAUCUGGGGAAACAAAACAAAAAAUACACGGAGUAAGAUCGAGUUAGUACGGGGGAUGAGUUUUAUCGUAAAUCGACAUAGUUUAAGAUGGAAAGCCAUUUGUAAACUUAUGUUUUUCUCGGAGGAGCUUCCUUGUAGACUUUUUGUAGCAUAACAACAGUUUCCACAACAUUUUUCCUUGAAAAGAAACGAAAACAACCAAAACAUUGUUCUCUCACAAUUCAGCAUUGAAACAAAGAUUCAGAUGGGUAUAUAGAGUCUAUGCCGAACAAAGAUAACCUGUAACAGGAGCAUACAGAAAUUAUUUCCGGUUUUUUGGUAUCUGCUAUAAAAUUAAAAUCUUAAAAUCCUAAUUUGGAUCGACAAACAACUACUGGACCAAUCCUUUCAUUCAUAGGAAAGUAUUUGUUUUCAUGCAAUUAUUCGAUUCGAGUUUUAUGUUUGUAAACUUGGAUAUAUUAGAUAUGACCCAGAGCACUACGAGUACAACGGCUGUUACUCCACUGCAAAAUAGACCACCUUCCCUUACAAUAGUAGUUACAAACAGAAAAUACAUUAAACCGAUAGUAUAUGGCAUUAAGAAUGCAAAUAUGUAAUUUUGAAAGCGUUUUGUUAAGAAAAUUCCGAAUUAUAAUCACAAAGUACAUAGACUCUCCCGUAAUAAUUUGGCAACUAUGUGAAUAACAACGCGAAUGCUUACAGCUCGCCUUUUGUGAACAAAAUUGGUCUAGUAGUUGUUCUUGCGUUAAUUUGGAAUUAAAAUCAUUGUUAAAUGAAUCGCUAUUAUUUUAAAUGAAACCUGUAUUCUAUGAAUUACAUUUUGUUGCUAAAUCGUUGAAUGAGACAAAAUAUAUAAUAGUUUUUAAGCUAUAUUUUAUGAAACAAAAUUUCUAUUUUUUCAGAAAAGCUUCAAAUACUGUGUUUUAGGGUUAUUUAUUUUCACUGUCUUAUUUUUUUCUGCUUAGUCUUAAGUGUGCCAACCAUGAAAUUAGUGCUUAAAAUCGAUUAGUGAUGAUUUAUUACUUUGAGUUGUUAACGCAAAACAAAGGUACUGUUCUGCAUUUUUUUUAAAUGGUUUGAGAAAUUUCACUUAUUGGUCGUAGACAUUAAAACUCCUGUAUCCAGAGUGACAUUCUUUACUCAGUUUUAAGACCAAAUGUUCAAAUAAACGUAGGUCUGAAAAUGUUUAAAAAAUUCUGUAAAAGCAUGUUCUUUAUGCAAUAAAAAUGUCGACCAAGUUUCAAUCUUAUAAUAAUGUCCCGCCUUCUAGUUAUUUAGGAAAAACAUAUUUUUAAUUUUUCUACACCCUGUAUGUAUGUAUGAACUUUUUGUCUUACAAAAUUGAAUAAGGAGUAGCACCUUAAAAUUUGGCCACAUGCUGGAGUCACGCUGUAUAUGGUUGAUCAGAGUUAUACAGGGUUAAACAUAAGGACUGGCCAAUAUUUUGCCUGCAAAUUCUAUAGCAAAAAAUAUUAAUAAUUAGCUUAAUAACUGGCCAAAUUGAGAUAAUCAGUAAUUUUAUACUUCAGUUGUUUUCAUACAAAAAUAAAAUUCGUCGCAAUUAGGUUUUUUAACAUAAGAAAAUCGAAUAAACUAUCAUUUUUUGUGUAUUGCAUAAAGGGAGCUACCAAUUUUUUCUAGUUAUCAAUAGGCAUUAAUAUUUGAUCACCUGUUAUUAAACAAAAAAAUUAUAUUUUUUACUACAGAAUCUACAGGCAAAAUAUUACCCAUUUCUUAUGACUCCCUGUAUAAAGAACUCUGUGUGGUAAAUUUGUCUUGAUAUCUUCGAUCUUCCAGUGAAAUACCUCGAUUUUAUCUUGUGAUCCAUAGAAUUAAUAUUCAAUUUCAAUAAAUUCUCAUAUAUGUGGAUGAGUUAGUGUAUAUACUUAUUGAAUGGUAGGUUUAAACGAUACCUAAAAACUCAUUUUUUUUUUAAUAAGUUUCUCUUAAUUACGAAUUUACAGAAAACCAGUCGAUAUUAAAAAAAAAGAAGUAGACAUUUUUUCAAACUUGUUUACCGACUAUUAAUAACACGUUAUUAACAUAAGAUAAAAAUAAUUAACAUUAACCAGUUACGUAAAUGGUUAAUAUUUUUUGAUAUGUGGACUUUACCUAUUUGUUUUGCGAAUU